CCCGGAUGUGGAGGGGGCGGGGCUCCCGCGCACCCCGCCCUUUGGUCACGUGAGGCAGCGGUCACGUGACGGAGCGAUGGGGACGGCGCUGGACGUGCGGGUGAAGCGCGCCGGGAAGGUCUAUCGCGAUGGGGAGAGACAAAAAUCUGCCAAAAUUCCCAUUCUGCUGGAGAGAUCCUGGUUUGAAGAGGUCGGGUGCAGAGUGAGCAGUUGGGAUUGUCCCAUGACUGGAGAGACCUUGGGGCCAGUUUGCCUGGGGAAGGAGCAGGAGAGGAGCUCAGGGACCUCACCAGUUCUCAGUCACCUGCUGCCCCUUCCAGGAAAUUCUUUCUGGAGUGGUGGUCAUCACCAGUAAGGACACGGUGCAGCACCAGGGGAUCUCCUUAACCAUGGAGGGCUCAGUGAAUCUGCAGCUCAGUGCCAAAAAUGUGGGUGUGUUUGAGGCCUUCUGCAACACUGCCAAGCCUAUUCAGAUUAUCAGCAGCACCAUCGAGAUGGUGAAACCAGGGAAGCUCCCCAGUGGCAAGACAGAAAUUCCCUUUGAAUUCCCCCUGCAAAUGAAGGGCAACAAGGUUCUGUAUGAGACAUACCAUGGAGUCUUUGUCAAUAUCCAGUACACCCUGCGCUGUGACAUGAGACGUUCCCUGCUGGCAAAGGACCUGACCAAGACCUGUGAGUUCAUUGUCCACUCCCUGUCACAGAAAGGGAAGCUGCUGCCGAGCCCUGUGGACUUCACCAUUACUCCUGAAACUCUGCAGAAUGUUAAAGAGAGAGCCUCCCUCCCCAAAUUCCUGAUCAGAGGGCACCUGAACUCCACCAACUGUGUGAUCACGCAGCCGCUGACGGGGGAGCUGGUGGUGGAGAGCGCCGAGGCGGCCGUCAAGAGCAUCGAGCUGCAGCUCGUGCGUGUGGAGACCUGUGGGUGUGCUGAGGGCUAUGCCAGGGAUGCCACCGAGAUCCAGAACAUCCAGAUCGCCGAUGGCGACGUCUGCAGGGGCCUCCCCAUCCCCAUCCACAUGGUGUUCCCCCGGCUCUUCACCUGCCCCACCCUGGAAACAACCAACUUCAAAGUGGAGUUUGAAGUGAACAUCGUGGUCCUCCUGCACGACGACCAUCUCAUCACAGAGAACUUCCCCCUGAAGCUCUGCAGGAUGUGAACAUCCACAGGAGAAGCAGAGGAUUUUCUGGGAAUUCCUCAGAGGGAAAGUGGAACUUUAUCCAUGCCUGACUUCAGCUGGAGCCACCUCACUCCCUUCUUCCCGUGGGCACUUCUUGUGCUUCCACUUCCCUGUUAACCUGGCCAAGACUUUGCCUCUCUGCAUUUCCCAAUCCUCCUGCCUUCCACAACCAUGUUUUUCCCAAUUUUUCUCAGGCAGAACCUGAAGGAAUCAUUCUGUAGCUUUCUACAGCUUGUAGAAGUAUGCAGCAAGUUCCUCUCUUGGUUUAAUUUGUAAUAUUUGUUCCAAAGUCCUUUCAAGACCCCUUAGAACUCAUAAAUCCCAUUACAGCCAUACUGGGAGGGUUUGGGAAUUGAGACAGAAUGAGAAGUAAGGUCUUGGAAGGUCUAAAAAUGGUGCUGCAACUCUGGGAGGUGGUGCUGUGGGAUCUGUCCCUGGGUGGAUGGGAAAUGAGUGAUUUCAAAUCACACCAAGGAAAUUUUGGUCUAAUUGAGAACAGGAGUUGGUGUGGGAGGAAUAAAUUAAUUAAUGUGUUAAUGCAGUGAGAAAUAACCUUCCCAACACAAACAGGCUGUGGAUUUUGAUGUUGUUUUCAUGGAACAGCCACAACUUGUGGAUUUUCCAUUGACUUUCCACGUGGGGCAGAGGCAGGCUCAGUCUGUAUUAUGGAAAUUGGAAGUGUAAAGAUCAGCACCUAAAAAUGCAGAAUUAAGAAAACUAAGAAAAAUCGUUUCCUUUGCUUUGUCCAGCAGGAGAAUGUGAUUCCAGUCUGGGCCCUGGUGUUUUAGGAAGAAAAAACUGAAAUUUUCAUUUCAAUGUCAGGGAAGGGGGAGGAAAAUGGUAUUUACUGAAAAUGGUAUUUACUGAAAUGUAGCAUUUUUCCCUGAGACCAGGGAGAUCUGGGGAAUAGCUGAAGCCCCCCAAAAAUAGAGAAAGCUGAAAAGAAUUCCAGUGCUGGAAUUUUUAGGCCUUAAUUCUACAGCAUAGAGCAGUUACUCACCCCUAACUCAGAGUGAGCAGAAAUACUACACAAACUAACGUGUUUGGCUGCAGCAGCAAUUUUAUUUUUUAUUCAAGUGGAAAUUAAUACACUGAUAAAUGAGAGAGGAGUUAAGAACUUCAGCUGGAGAAGGUGUAGCAGUGUGGGGAACAGGUGAUCCCUGGAAUUAGCCAAGGGCUCCUAAUCCAUGUGAUGCUCCCUGGAUUCAGACAAGAGAAUAUUUGAGUUUCACUUUGAGAUUCUCAGGCUCUGGUCCUCACCUUUUGGCUGUUUGGGACAAAUUUGUGUUGAAGGUGCUUUGGCCACUCAGACUCAGAAAACAGUGGGAGAAAAUUCCCUGAGCUGUUGGAAUUCUGUCCCUCCUGCUACUGGUGGCCAUUCCUGCAUAAAAUAUAGAGGAAGUGUCACUUAAACAUCCUUUUAAAACAUCCUUAAAAAAAAUCCUUCCCAUUUAAACAGACCAGCUCUUCAACAAGGGGGAAAUAAAAAUUUCAAUCUUGAGAUUUAAAAAUUGAUGCAAAUGAAAAAUUUUAAAUUCUUGCUUGAAAAUGUGACUAAAAAGUCAUAAUUGAAACAAUUUGAAUUCUCAGGUGAGGAUUUAUGCAGAGAGAAGAGCUGCAAAGAGCACACCAGGCUUGAAUCCUGGAGUGUCUGUGCCAGAGGAGGGGAAUGUUUUGAUUUCCAAUUGUGGUCCAUCCUCUGGAUCACCUACUUGUCUGAUACUGGAAUAAAUCUGAGGGAAAAGCCCCCUCUUCACAGGAAUUAAGCACUGGUAAAAGAAUUUGCUACUUUCAGUGUCCCUUAGCCAAAAAUGCAGCAGUUUUGUGUGCUGCCAGCCCUGAACUGCACAGCUCAGGCAGGAGCCAGGAGAAAUCCCAAAGCUGUUGCCAUGGCCAAUGAACCCAGGGUUCUGUCCUGUCCCCAGCACUGGGCUCGUGCUGAAGCCCCUUUCCAUGCUGAACUCUGCAGUGAGGGAGUGGAGGCAGGAGGAGCAGGCUCAGCUGGGCUUGUUCCAGGCAGGAAGCUCAGGGAAGUCCUCGGGCAGCAGAGCGUGGACCCGGCAGAUGGGGCAGGUGCUGGAGUGCUGCUUGAGCCACGUCCGGAUGCACUGCGGGGACAGGGACAGGGACAGGGACAGGGACAGGUCACAGGCAAAAUGGGGCAAGAGGAGUCCAGCUGGAGGCUGGAAAGGAUUGGCACUAAUGGGGAAGCCUUUCAGUGAGUUCGACACCCCCAAAUUUCAGUGGUGUGGAACUGUUCUCCUGCUCUGAUCAGUUAUUCUGCGAGAACAAAUGCGCAUUAAAACAAAAAGGGAGAAAGGUGGAGUUAUUCCAACACAAUCCUGGCUUUUUCCUUCAGGAAUUUCCACUAGCAGGAGGCAGAGUUUUCAGGGAUAACCCCUUCCCUGAGUGUGCUGCCAGCAAUCCCAACCAGAUCCAUUCUCUGAAUAAUCAUCAGAAACCCACUCUGAUGAAUCAUUUCACUUUAAGAAUCCCUAAAGCUUUCUGACAGGCUGCCUGUGGGUCAGGCUUGAGGAGCAAAGGCUGGAAAAGGGAAUUGUGCCCUUGUUUAAGCACUGAAGGGUAAGGGGAGGGAAAGGGGUUGUUUUUAGGAGGUGGAGAUGAGGAACAGGAGCAGAACUCACCUCUCUGUGGAAGUGAUGGCCACACUCGAGCUCACAGCAGUCUCUGCUCAGCUCAUCAUGACAGAUGCUGCAGGGAUCCUCACUGCAGGCCUGGCCAGGAGAGGAAGGCUCAGAUAUUUAAAAACCAGCAAUUAACCAGCACAUUCUACUCAAUUAACGAGGUCACUGACUUUAACCAAGUCUUUUGAAGCUUUUUGUACACAAAAUAAAACAAGGCAAUUAUUUUUUUUCCAGGA